AUGGCAUGUAAGGGAUGCUGGGAGUGCCUUUUGAAGCUUUUGAACUUCAUAUUGAGCCUUACUGGUCUGGCCAUGGUGGGUUAUGGAAUCUAUCUUUUCGUUGAAUUCUCUAAAGCUUCAGAUGGUGGCGAAACUCUUACAACUUCUCCUGUCAGUCGUGAUUCCGCUCUGAUUCAACUUGGGCGUCCCAUGCUUAUGGCAGUGUCUCUAUCCAACAGUUUUCUUGAUAACCUGCCCAGAGCUUGGUUUAUUUUUUUAUUUGUUGGUGUUGGCCUUGUUCUCUUUCUGAUUUCUUGUUUUGGUUGUAUUGGAGCUGCAACACGGAAUGGAUGCUGCCUGAGCUGUUAUUCAAUUUUGGUGGUAGUAUUGAUCUUGGUAGAGCUGGGAUGUGCUGCCUUUAUAUUCUUUGACAAAAACUGGAAAGAAGUAAUUCCAACAGACAAAACUGGAGAUUUUGAUGCGAUAUAUGAAUUUCUGAGUGAGAAUUGGAAUAUUGUGAGAUGGUUUGCCCUUGGAAUUGUUAUCUUUGAGGUCCUACUUUUCCUGUUAGCCCUUAUUGUUAGGGCUGUAAAUAAGCCAGCUGAUUAUGAUAGUGACGCGGAGUUCAUUAAUCCUAGGCAGCAAGUGCGACAGCCAUUACUCAACAGAACAGCAGCUGCCCCAGCAACAGGGUUACCAGCUGGGACAAUUGAUCAGCGUCCAACCAGAAAUGAUGCAUGGAGUACACGGAUGAGGGAGAAGUAUGGACUUGAUACUUCGGAAUUUACAUACAACCCAUCUGAAUCGAGCAGGCACCAGCAAGUAAACUCACAGCCAACAGAAGAAAGGAGCCGCUGCACCAUAAUGUGA